AUGAACAAUAUUGUUGAGUAUGAGGCUUGUAUUUUGGGAUUGAAGACAACUUUUGAGCUCAAGAUUAGACAGAUGGAGGUGUUUGGUGAAUUCAAUCUGGCAUUGAGACAGAUUCAGGGCGAGCAGAAGACUAGAGAUAACCAUUUUGCUGAUGCCUUAGCUAUUCUAGCUUCCAUGAUUGAUAUUCCUGCUAAUACCAUUGUUGAGUCGAGAUCAGUUCCUACUUAUUGUUGUUUGAUUGAUGAGGUAGAGUUGGAUGAUGGCUUGCCUUGGUACCAUGACAUAUACCAGUUUCUAAGAUUUGACACAUAUCCUGAGGUCACCACGACCAAGGAUAAGAGAGCAUUGAGACAGUUAGCCACCUAG